CUGAAAGAGACAAAAGGCCUCCAGCUUCCUCCUAAACUGCCAUCAUAACAUAUACCUUGUGAGAGCUGAAUAACUUUUUACGGUGACACAAGCAGCAACUUCAACAUUUACAACCAACCAGCAAUGAUGGAGGAACUGUACACUGGAUACCUGCUCAAGUCUCCCCCUCUAACGGCCCUGACUAAAAACAUUCUGUUACAGAAAUCAUGGAAGUGUCGUUUCUUUGUGCUCUCCAAAACGGGUGAAGACUACCAGCUGACAUAUCAUGCAAACAACAAAAGGAGAGACAAACCUCUGGGAGAGAUAAACCUUUCUAAGAUCAGCCUGCUGCAUAUUGGCCCUGAGGCACAUCAGAAGUGGGACUGGAUCCAGAAAAACUUCAAGUGUUCUCUAUCCUCUGUGUUGUUCUUGAAAGUGGAAGACGACACACCAAAACACUCUAGAGACUAUUUCCUAAUUGGAGAAAACAGUGAUGAUGUUGAUGGUUGGCUCAAUGCCAUAGUCAAGGUAAUGAAGACCCAGAGAUCACGAAAUACCCUUCAGGACAACAGAUUUAGAACAGCAUCUGAACCUGUGAAGAGUUUGGAACCAAAGGUUGAGGAUCAGCCUGAUGACAGACGGUCAGCGCCUGAAUUAAUUUUAACUUACCCGUCACUGUACAGCCAUUAUGACUAUCCUCGCAAACUCAGCGAACCUCAAGUACCAGUAACUCUCAAGAUUCCAGUUAUUGAACAUAAAGAUGAGAAGGAUGAGAUGCAGGAUGAAUCUGCAGAGGACAGCAGUGAAUACAUGCGCAUGGCAUCAUUGCAUAAAGCUUUGGAUGUUGACCAAGAAAAGGUGGACACUACAUGCAUGCAGAAAAGCACUUCCAUUAAUGGUCACGAGUCCUCUGUGUGCAAUGGUGCAGUCAACCAGGAUGAAGACGAUGAAAAUAAAUGUGAAACAAACACACAUGUUGAGAAGGAGAUCUGCGUUAGUCGAAAUUAUCUGAAAAACAGUCUGAUCUUGACUCAGGCAGAGGGCAAACCAUGUGUCUCUGACUGUCUGAUGAUUCAGAACUUGUGUCUCUUCUAUAAGGGGGAUCAGAUCCUGGCCUUAAAUGACCUGCUUAUAGACACAGUAGAAGAGAUACAGAUGUACUUAAGAAGACUAAGCAAGGAUGAGGUAAAACUCACUAUUCGGCGGCUUAUAGGAUCCCAGCCUCUGCACUCUUAACCCUGCCAAACAUAAUGAGGAUAUGAAACAAAAUCACAUGUGAAUUCAGCACCAUCAAGAUAUUAGAAAUACAGGUGGAAAACAAGGUGUUAAUGAAGAACAGAAGAGGCAGUCAGGUUAUCUAAAGUAACAUGUCCUCUUUUGACUGUACAUUAAUCAUGUAAAUAUGUAAAAUAAAUAAAAUGUCACUGAGUGAAAGAAAUUUGUAAGAUUUAGACUGUAUACAUGAAACUUUGAGUGGUAGUGGGUAAAUUAGUUCACAUCUGUUAAUGUGAAGAAAAGAGUCAAGUAUUACUUUAUUAUAAGUUUGAACUUUAAUUCACAUUGAAAAAAUGCACAGUUCACACUGUUAAUAUAUUUUAUCCUCUUUAAAAAUGCACUUUUUUUUACAAUCCUAACAAUAUGAGGUACUUUAUAUACUGUGUACUGUAUAUACAACUUUUCUGUCAUUGUCUAUUUUGUUUUGCAAAGCAUUUAAUUAAUUAUGUAUUGCACCUAGUCAUUAUGAUUUGAUUAAAAUGUUUCAGUCACUCUUUAGAUUGCUAAUUACUGAAUAUCAUCUACCCUAUGUAAUUUAUACAUGAAUUAUACUGUAGAAAAACACAUAUGUGGACAUUGUUACAAUGUGAAGUAUUAUUAAACUUUUGAAACAUU